CAGCGGACCGUUCUGCACGACGCACCACGUCCCUCUCUCAGUCGGCUGUCACACAUCUCGCCAGCGCCGUGCAUGCCGCCCGCAAACGCGCUCACUGCAAAAUAUAAAGUCACCAGCCACCGCCGUCGUUAACCGUUUAUUAUUUAAAAUAUAUUCGUACACAAAAUUAUUAUUUUCUUAUUGUAUACAAAUAAAAAAUAAAUACAACGACGUCGUACUCGGCGCCUCCCCCGCGUGACCACGGUGGAAGGAAAAACGUUUGUCGCUAAAAAAAGUCAGGGAACGUUUUUUUUUUUUUGUUUUUUCACUCUACACAAUAAGUAUUGGUAAUAUAAUUUCGAACCCGACGCACCCGGACCCUGGACACGACCCGUAGCCACGGCACCCAAACACGCCAGCAGCCACGGUCACUGCACUGCAGCACAGCACGGACAAGGCAGCAGCCCCAGGCCGACACACCGCUAUGUCGCGUCAUUUCGCCGCCGCCGGAGACGCCGCCGGAGUGCCGCUCAAGUCGACGGUCGGGGUGGGUAUACCUGUCUCGGCCGAAGAUAUAAUUCUACAGACAUUCGACAAUGACGACAGAAACCUGCAGGUGUGCGGAUCCAUGCGGCCCAUCAUCACAGAACUUGAUAACAAAAAAGGAUCCAUUCGAACGGACGUCGCAGAUCUGGUCCUUGUCAAGUACAAAUGUUCAUCAAACGGCGUGCCGGUGACACAAACCAAUGGGUCAACGCUACCAUUGGUGUCGAGCAACAGCAAGGAUGCCGAGCUGGGCGGCUACAAUCCAUUCGACCACCGGAUGGUUCAACACCCUACGACGGACAUGGAAACAUUUAUACACCUGUUGAAAGGAAGUCUGGGCACGGGCAUAUUGGCCAUGCCUCUGGCUUUUCUUAACGCCGGACUAGUGUUCGGACUCGUCGCCACCGCUACCAUCGGGUUCAUUUGUACAUAUUGUGUCCAUAUAUUGGUUAAAUGUUCGCAUAAAUUAUGCCGCAGAAUGCAAGUGCCCGCGCUGGGAUUUGCCGAUGUGGCUGAAGUUGCCUUUCUCGCAGGGCCGCCGGCCUUCCAAAAAUUUGCUGGACUCUUUAGAGGUCUCGUUAACACGUUCCUAACUAUUGAUUUACUCGGUUGUUGCUGUGUUUAUAUUGUUUUCGUGUCGCAAAAUUUAAAACAGGUGAUGGACGUGUACGUGGUCGAGAUGAACGUCAGAUGGUACAUGUUGAUGCUGUUGCCGUUGGUGGUCGUCAUGAACCUCAUCCGAAACUUGAAGUACUUGGCACCGUUCUCGAUGAUCGCCAACUUUUUGGUGGGCAUUUGCAUGUGCAUCACCUUCUGGUAUGUGUUCCAAGACGUGCCGUCCGCAAAAUCGUUACCGUACAUGGCCGACUGGCACCUGUGGCCAUUGUUCUUCGGCACCGCCAUCUUCGCCCUGGAAGGAAUCGGCGUCGUGAUGCCGUUGGAAAACAGCAUGAAAACUCCUCAGCACUUCAUCGGUUGCCCGAGCGUACUCAACAUCGGCAUGGCCAUCGUGGUGGUGCUAUACUCGACCGUCGGUCUGUUCGGUUACAUGAAAUACGGAGACAAGACCCAAGCCAGCAUAACGCUGAACCUUCCACAACACGAAUUGUUGGCGCAAUCCGUCAAGAUCAUGAUAGCCGUCGCCAUAUUCCUCACGUACAGCUUGCAGUUCUACGUGCCAUUUGAAAUCAUCUGGAAAGCCACGAAACACCGGUUCACAUCGCAUCCGGUGCUUUUCGAAUAUUUGCUCAGAGUGGCGUUAGUCAUAGGCACAGUGGGUCUAGCCAUCGCCAUACCAAACCUUGGGCCGUUCAUAUCGCUGGUCGGAGCGCUGUGCCUGUCGUUCUUGGGGCUGAUAAUACCGAGCUGCAUCGACCUGGUGACGUGCUGGGACGACCCGGGCAUGGGCACACUAUACUGGCGGUUGUGGAAGAACCUUAUCAUCAUUGCUUUCGGCCUGUUGGGAUUGGUCACCGGCGUCUACUCCAGCAUGAUCGACAUCGUCAAAGAGCUGAGGCAUUGAGAGAAGAAAGAGUGAAAGCAAGUGAGAGAGAGCGAGGGAGCAAGACGCGUGCGCAAGUAACCAACGACGGCAGGCGAGACACAACUCAUCUUCAGGCAGAACAGCAAUAUUAGCGUUGUCAAUUCAUCUUAGAGUCCAGUAAUGUUUAAAAAAAAAAAAAAAAUGACAAUAACUAUUUUGUACUGAUUAACUAGGGUGCAACAGAGAAUUUCGGAAAAAAAAAUUAUUAUUGACUUAGAUUAUAUUAAUUAUUAAAAUCUUAACGUUGGUCAAGCAGUUCAAAGUAAUUUUAUGCGUACACUACUACUUGUAGGGUAGUUAUGACCUUGUAAGAAACUUAACUCGCCUACAAUUUCAACUAAUAUUAUAAUAAUAUGUAUUAUAAAAUAAACUACCUACUAAACAAAUUGAGAUACCUAUAUUUUAUUCUUGUUGCUCAAUAUUUUUUCAUUCAGUUAGUGAUCGCGUAUGCGUCGUAUUCGGUGGUAUUGUCUAUAUUUUAUAAACCAAUCUUUAUAUAUAUAUACAUAACAGUAAUUGCGGUCGUUCUUAUAUUUUAUAGAUUGUUUGCUUGUUUGAUGUAUCCAAAAUGUUUUUCAUUUGCCAUAGUAACGGUUAAAAACAUAAUAAUUGUAUUUUUAGUAGUAUUAUUAUUAUUUAUUACCUAAUUUAAUAUUUUUAUUUUACUCUUUAAAUUAUAUCAUAUUUUUAUUUUCUAAAGAUUAUUCAGUUGUUUUUUAUUUUUAGUUAAAAUCAAAAAUUAACCUAAAAAAACUUAAAAAAUUCCAUUUCCACGCCAGUAAUUUGUAACAAUCAAUACAUUUGUUUUGUUCACCUUGGAAUGGUUUAAAUAUUUUAUCAUUGCCGGUUGAUAACUGAUAUAGCUGCUAGAGAAACAAAUCAAUUACUCUACCGACCAUUUAAAUAUAUCAUAGCAAUAGUUUAAUACAUUUGGAAUGUAACGACUAACUGAAUUUAUACUAUAGUUGGGCAAUAAACGUCAAAUAGAGAUGUAUGACAUGAUGUACUCAUAGAUAAUACUUUUGCCGAUACAAGUAAAGAAAAAAUAAAUUGUAAUAGACAUAUUAAAACGCUUAAUAACACAUAUUAAAACAAAAGAUUUAAAAAAAAAGAUUUCCAAUAAGAAUAAAAGAAAAUAUUCGAAUACAUUGUUACAUAAAAUUUAUUUGAGAAAAAUACCAUUUCAGUUGGCUACUAUAAGACAUAUUUUACUGAUGUAUUAUACUGGUUACAAUAAAUGAUGUAUUAAUAUUAAAAAAAAC